CUCAUCUUCACUCUAUCUGCCCAAGUAUGUUGUGUUUCGCCAAUGUUUGAGGCUGCAUUGCUAGCUGAUAUUAGAUCAUGCAGACUGUUCUCACAUCCAUGCACUCGCAGAUUGUACCACUGUUCACAACUACACACCAUCGUAUCCAGGUGAACAACACAUUUCCACGAACAUGGAGCCAAGAGACCAACAACAGAGAUAGAACACCUCCAUGUCGUAUUGACCUAAAUGCCGUAAACCUCCCGAUCAUACCCCUUCAGCCUCUCCUCCAACCGCUCCUCCAACCUCUCAAACCGUCCCACGACCUUCGUGACGUUCUUCUCCAGAUCUAUCAGUUUCUUCUCCAUGCCUUCCAACUUAUUCCCCAUGUCCUCCACCUUCUCCGUAAUCACACGGCUCUCCCGUCGCACUAUAGUCGCCUGGUUAUCGAGCGAGUUCUGAAACUUCCAGCGCACCGUGUCCGCCCAGAGUCUCCACCGUGCCAUCUGGUUGUGACCAUCGGCUAUCUUUUCGUCCACCAGUUGUCGGGUGCGCCGCUGGAAGGCGAGGUACCGAUAGUCAAGUGCUUCUGCACGGUGGUAGUAGUUGCGGUCAGGCAGGCGACGGCGCUUGCAAGGCUUUCGUCUCCGCACUGGAAUAGGUGGCUUUGGCUCCGUAGUUGUAGCACUCUCGCCAGGCUUCGCCGUGUCUUCCUUCGGGGCAGAUGUGACUUGUGGUGUCACGGUGGUUGUCGUAGACUCAAGGGCAUCACUGGAUACCGGAGGAGUUUGAUCCUCUAUGUCGAUACAUGCGCCCUGGAGAGCAUUUCGAAGACGCCGGGCCUUCUUUCGCCGGCGUGAGUUGAGUCGACACUGGGGCAUGGUGGACGAGUUGUGUGUGGGCGAUGAGGAUGAUGGGAGACGACGUAAAGAGUUAUCACCAAC